GUUUUGCGCACGCGCGGGAGGCGGCCUCGGGGCAUCCGGGGCCUGAUGGUUGCUAGGGUGACAGCGAUACAACAUGGCGGCCGGAUCCUAACGCUUUCUGUCGAGGAGCCAGCGCGGAGGGCCCGGUUCAGGACCCUGCCUCAGAGGAGUGGAAGCCAGGGGGCCUCCCUUUCUGCCCCUUUCUUCUCCGCCCAGUGUCGGCAAGGGCUUGUCGUCGACUUCCGCAUCCAGGAUGAAGAUAUCGAGCAAGUGAACAGUCUACGGGAGAUACAAGCACUGAGGCGCCUGAACCCACACCCGAACAUCCUCACGUUGCACGAAGUGGUUUUUGACAGAAAAUCUGGUUCUCUUGCACUAAUAUGUGAACUUAUGGACAUGAAUAUUUAUGAGCUAAUCCGAGGGAGAAGACACCCAUUACCGGAGAAGAGAAUUACAUGCUAUAUGUACCAGUUAUGUAAAUCCCUUGAUCACAUGCACAGAAAUGGAAUAUUUCACAGAGAUGUAAAACCAGAAAAUAUAUUAAUAAAGCAGGACGUCCUGAAAUUAGGGGACUUUGGGUCCUGCCGGAGCGUCUGCUCCAAGCAGCCGUAUACCGAGUACAUCUCCACGCGCUGGUACCGCGCCCCCGAGUGCCUCCUCACCGACGGCUUCUACACCUACAAGAUGGAUCUGUGGAGUGCAGGCUGUGUGCUCUACGAGAUCGCCAGCCUUCAGCCCCUCUUCCCCGGAGCCAACGAGCUGGACCAGAUCUCAAAAAUCCACGACGUCAUCGGCACACCUGCGGAGAAGACUCUCACCAAGUUCAAGCAGUCGAGAGCUAUGAGUUUUGAUUUUCCUUUUAAAAAGGGAUCAGGAAUACCUCUACUGACAGCCAAUUUGUCCCCGAAAUGCCUCUCCCUCCUGCACGCAAUGGUGGCCUACGACCCCGACGAGAGAAUCACUGCCCAUCAGGCCCUGCAGCACCCCUACUUCCAGGACCAGAGGGCAGUGGAGAAGCAGGCUCUGGCCAGCCACAGGAAGUCCGUCUUCUCAGAGUGCCCCGUGGCUCCGGAACUCCUCCUUAACGGCUGGCAGACUUCAGAGGAGGGCAGCAAACAGCCCCACAAGAACGAUUUAAAAAUGGCAACGGCUUCUUUGGGUGAGUGGCAGAGAAGGCGGUUUCGAGCGGGCCCCGAGGGUCUUCCCACGACUCCGGGUGACAGCUGCCUCCGCGAGUGUCCGCGCCCGGGGCUCCCACCUCUGUCCGUCGCUCCCUCAGGACCGCGUGGGUCACUAUACUACAGUUCCACCUGGAGAGCUGGCCUGGUUUUGGGAUGACAAUAAGCCCUGCAAACAAAGCAGUUUACAUUAAUCCAGCAAAACACGGGGCAGCCAAGAAAGCCACACUCCUCCUUCGCCAGCCGGCUCGCGUGACCAGAGUUACCCUGUCGGCCUGUCAGCCAGUGUCCUCUGUCCUCUUACUUCAUUAUCAUUCAUGUCAUUGUGUGACAUUCCUAACUAAUCAGGAGCCACUGAACCCGGCCCCUGCCUGGCUGUCCUCCGGUGGGCAGGGCUGGCCCGGGGUCCCCGGGAUGUCGUGGGCCCGAAGGCGAGGGGCGGUCGUACACCACCCUCCCCAGAGGCCGCGGCUCACGGCCACGGCGAGGUCCCCAGGAGAGGUCCCCGUUGGCGCCCACGGCCACCCCACCUGCACACCCGGCCCCGUGAGCCGGUCGGCGCGCUCUGGUUGGGGUGCAACGGUGGUGCCGCCCCCCCCCCCCAUCCCCGGCUUUAGCACCAGCGUGGACUCGGCCUGUGGACAGAGAAGGAUCUGGGCCACGGGGGGGGGGAGGGCCAGAACGCGGCCCACACCCGCGCUGUGUUGGCUCAGGGAACAGGGUGCAGGAGGUGGUGUGUGUGCCACGGGGCGGCCCCUCCCGGCAGGCGGGAGGCCUCUGGCACUCCACGUGUGAGCGGGGCCGCGGCCGAGAGCUAACUGUGGGCGUGGGUGCGCGUGUGCUCAUCACGGAGUUCCGUCACGGGCUGGUGGGCGACCGUCGCGGAGAAGUUUCAGGUCACAAGAGGGCAACGCUGAAGCUACGGCUUUUCGGCUCUGUGAACACACGCUUAUGCGGUCCCCCAAAAUGCUUCCGUCAGUGACUCGUGGACCCACGACGAGCCUUGAACUCCACGCAACCGCGGCUGUGUUUCCACCCACUGCACUUGUGCGGACACCCCGGGGUCGUGCCCGCACCUGGCCAGAGGGAAGCCGGGCAAGUUGCUGGCCCCCCCACUCACGCCUCGUUUCUUCAGACUGCCCCCCCCCCCCCCGUGACUCUGGACACGAUCAGGAAGCCAAGGGCCAACGGGGUGUGACAACCGAGCCCCGCGCGGGGCGUCCGGGAGCACAAGCCUGGUCUGACGCGCCCCCCCGUGUUUCCCGCUCACACCCAUCAAGGGGCCGCGGGACAGACGGCCCAGCACACCCAACCUCCGGCCGCCGCUGACCGGGGCCGCCUCCCAGCCUCCACGGAGCGGCGGGGAGGCCGGCAAGGCAAGGCCCGACGCCCUCUCGGUGGCGACGUGAGGAAACCUUUAACACAAGGAUCGCCGCCUUCCUCAUCAAGGUUUCAGGUGAUUCCGACUAACAGAGUGGUUUCCGGGAGCUACGGGGUGUCCUGGACAGCUUGUCAAGUCUACAAAAUAAAGACCUCGCUUUUCUCUCCAAACCAGAGAAAGCUACUCCGCUCCUCCCGCCAACGGGAGAACCACGAUCCGGUCUGGGGUCGGAGCCGCACACCCUGCUCAGCGGUGGCUGCACUUAUUUAAAUACCAAGGACACUCUGAGAAAGGCACCCCCCCCCCCAUUAGGGAAGGUGUUAUCUCUAGACCGGCCUGGUCCAACACAAGGUCAAGGCAAGCCACGUGUGAAAUUUAAAAUUCUAGUAGCACAUUUAACAAGUGAGAAAAAGGUGAAAUAUAUUUAACCUAAUAUAUCCCAUGUUAUUUCAACACAAUCAAUUUAAAAAUUACGAAUGACGGACUUGACGUUAUUUUUCCCCACAAAGCCUUUGAGGCGGGUGCUGUAGCACGUCUCCGUUCGGCCCGGCCCCGUUCCCGGUGCUCUGUGGCCACAGGUGGCCCUCGACGACAGGCUGUGGUGCCAAGCGCGGGCCUGGCCGCCCCACCACCACCCCCUCCACUGCCUGCCCCACGCCUUAGCCUCUCUCCAGUUGUGGGUGUGCAGUUCCCGUGGAGGGCGGGUGCUAAGGCACGGAGGUGGCCGGGGGCCCCGGCUUCCUGGACCUGACGUCAGCAGGGACACGGUGCCUCCACUGGCUGACCAUCUCCUCUCCCCCGAGAUGCCGCCUCGUCCUUGGGGCCCGGCAGGGAGGCCCACUCUCCUCUCCUCCUAGGCGACACACACACACACACACACACACACACACACACACACACUCAUUCUCCGGCUUCCGUUGGCUGAAGCCUCAACCCCACAGGAACGACCCCCUGCGGCCCCGCUGUCCGAGAGGCCCAGGCUCGAAACAGACCGUGAAGGUUAGCUAAGUGAGCGACCACCCCAACGCCACCCCUCCUCACAACCCUCUACUGCCACAUGUCCAGGGAGCGGCAGGGUCCGGAUAACAGGGUUAUUAGCCCUUCCGAUGUCAACCCUGGUGAACGAAUCUUUAAUAACGGACACGGUGCGGCAGUGCGCGCCAGGGACCCACCCCCAGGGUGCCGCCCCUCGGGUACCGAGCUGGCGAGCAGCCCGGGAUGCCAGGCCUGGCUGUGGGUGAGAGACCUGAGGGCUCCCUGGGGCCCUCAACCAGAGCAAAGGGAGAAGGGACGAAUGGCGGAAGCAGGAGCCCCAGCGGGCCACCCAGGCCCCGCCCAGGGAGCCCCGAACCCCGGGGUGCAGGUGCUUCUGGCGUGCGGGUGAGGGUCCGUGACGUUCCUCGGAGGGCGCGAGGGCGCGUCUGACACAGGCAGCGGGCGAGGGCCGGGUCUCGCCACCGGCAGCGGGAGGUCAGUGGGACGCAGACCCACACCCGUUCGCCUCCUACAGAUGGAACUCGCUUUGCCGUGAUGGACAGCAGAGGCACCGGGGAAAGACUGCCGCUCAAACAAAAAUUCAACGUCAAGCUCACCUUCUCUCUGUACGCCGUGCUUUAGUUUAGAGGUUACUGGGGGACAAAGAGAAAGAUGGAGAACACACACAGGCCCCCAACAGAGACCAGACCACUCUCAGGAGGGAGGCCAGCUGCCAUCGUCACGUAAGAACAGUUUGGGGCGCAUCCCGGGGGGGGGGUCCCCGGACCUGCCAUCCGUGGCAGACGCACAGUGGCCCUGCCGCCCGGUCUGCCUGCUCCCGAGGCCGGCUUGCACUUUACUGCGUCCUCACUGGUUAUUUUCACGGGGAGGAGACAGCAAAGACCAGGCCCGGUUUAGAGACAGCCGUGCCCGUCUGGCCUGCCCGACGAACUUGCCGUGUCGGUGUCCUCAGCGGUGUGGGGACCAGUUUCACGAACAGCAAGUCUGCCCCGGCCCAGACCCCGAGAAUCUGCCUAACACCCUAUCAGGCCCCAGGAAGGAAGCGGUUACCGGAAUAGUGACAAUCCGGAGUCUAAUAUUUACUAGGCCAUCCCGCCGUCACCAGACUUGCCGUUUUAUUGCUGCUAGAGAUCUCACUCAAAAAUUAAGCGAGGAGAUACUCCAGCUCUUGGUCACACAAAGACUAACAGGCAGAUGCCAUCUGUAAACUGAUGUCCUUCUACAGAUGGCACGGGCACAGUGAGAAAUCUCAGCAGGCUAACUUCUUCCAGAACGCCCGAGCCACACACCCCUCUUGCCUGACCCUCCACGAGACCCUCACGGCUCACAUGACCCAAGCGCUGCAUGAAGAGCCCGCGGAAGCCUGGCGGAGCCGAAGCCCCGGACCGCACGGCCAGGGUCAGGGGUGGGCACAGCGCAGCCCUGGUUCCCCGCGAGGGUAACCCCCCCCACAACCCCCCCCCCCCCCAGGGCCCCUCGUGGCCCCCGACCCACUGCUCACUUUGGGCCUGGGGCCUUGGCUCCUGCUGGGCAGUAAACAGACCCUGUCCCUGUGGUAGCCUUGACCUGCCGAACGACAGGUCACAUCGGGGGUGACAAUUUCCCCCAGGGAGACCACUCGGCCUGAUGCCUCAAGAGAAACUCACCCGGAGAAAAUGAUGCUCUUUUCAGACAUCCGGGCAAAAGGCUUUCUUGGGGCACAAGCAUGUCGGGGCAGCUCAGAACUCUGCCUGGGGAAAAAGCACCCCCUUCCUACGGCAGAAGGAGGGGACGCUCUUGUGUACCCUAAAAGCGCCUCUGGCUGGAGUCGCUUCAAGAGGGUCUCGGCCACCCUGGCCCCCACCCAGAGCGAGAUGCUGGUCUGGAGGCCACCAGCACUCAAGGAGGGGAGGGGACCGGGCGCCUCCAGAGGCUCUGUCCCUUGCAGGAGACCACAGGUCCACAAUCAACGGGUUUCUUCCCACAGGCAGACACACGGGAGGAUGGAGUAUUUUUUCAAGGCACAGACUAUUUUUAAAAGAUUAAAAUGUCGUGUGUGUCUUUCUCAACUUGCUGUCAACCUCGCAGCGUUUAGGGCCGAAAAGCUACUCCCCGCUAAGGGAAAAACAUGCUGCUGCUGUCGGGAGAUCAGGUCGGCCGCUGUGAGGGCGGACGAGCGACAGGCUCGUCUGCGCUGGCAGCUUAGCGUGAGGGGCGAAGUGCACGACACUUCGCGCCGGGCGCUCGGGAGGACGGCACCGUCAGAGGGGUCGGGGUCCAGCCCCCGGAGCACGCGGAGAGGCAGCCCGGAGGGAGCUCCAGGCCCGAACGUCUCCUGUCAAGGAGCAGCCCCGGGGCCCGAGCAGGUGACGUCCCACAGCCUCCGGGGCCCCUGCAGAUCGAGGCUGGAGUCCGGCCUCGAGGGGCUCGGGGCCAGAGAGGCCGGGGUGCAGCUGGGGGGCCGGGGGCGGGGGGAGGACACCUCCCUGCAGGAUGAGGCGAACCGCUGACUCUUCCCACCCCACGUGGGCCGGGCGUCUCCGGAAGGACGGCUCCACGGCCGCCACGAGGCCUCAGGCGGGCCAUGUGAGACGAGGAGGAAGACGAGGACAGCCCGGGACAGGAGCUCCUCCAGGAGCCGGCCCGCCUCGGUGCCCCCAGCUACUGGCCAGGGAACCCAACGGGACGCCCGACACCGAGCCGCUGGCGGCCCAGGCCGCCCCCUCGCGCGUCCGCGCUGUCGCCGAGAACCUUCACCCGGCGCGGCCGAGGAGUCCGUCGGCAGCCCUGGCCCAGACGGGACCGUCGGCACCUCUGCCGCUCGGAGCAGUGAGUCUCCAGUCACGAGGACGCGGAACUGGGCGGAAGCGUGGGAACUCCCGUGGCUGUUGGCGCUCUCGACAUGAACAAGCACCGAGAAGCUUCCUUCUCCGGCCGGCUGGGACUGCCGUACGGCCUUGCCGUGGAAGUGACCACUGGAAACUGUCCACGCGUCUGGUGUUGGCACGCGUUUACGGACAGAGGGCCCCCAAGCGCCUGGGGACACGUGUGGGCGGGGAGGCCCCGGCCGCGACGGGGACGAGGGAACAGCUAAGACCCAAGACAGUGCCACACAAACACCGUUUUCUUAACAUGAGAAAUCACCAAUACUGCCACGAAAGCCUCAUUAAUUACCGUAACAGUUAAGAACUUAACUUACCAGCAUGUCAUGUUAGGAAGCCUCUUCAUCAAAUUUAUUUGUCAAGAAGUUAGAUGAAAACGUAACAAAGGACACAAAUUUCACUUCUGAUUUUCAUUAAACGUAAAUAAUCACACAAUUUUAUACGAUGCCACCUAACACAGCAGUCCUUAAUAAACUUAGGUAUACAGAAAUAAGAAACGCA